GGGGUGGGGGACAACUCCGUUUGCCAGGGAAACGUAUUAAAAUAAGCCACGACCACUUCCUCCUCCUUACACACAUACUCAACAUUUAUAAUCGUUCAAGCCUGUCAUUAAAACUAAGUGUCAGGUUUUGAACUGGAUUCUGUUGGCUCAUGAAGGAGUCCAGUGGCGAGUGCACGUGAAUGUGAACGUGUUCUAACCGAACAAUAUCUAACUCAAAAUAACCUAACCUAACCCAACUUCACCCAGUGAAGAGCCCUCGCCCAAACAGAAAACGUCCAUAAGGCGUAUACGCCUCUUCUGGGGGUCCGACCCACAAGAGGCUUCACUGUCGAUGUUGGGAGCUCUGCCUCAUCCAGCGAACGAGAACAAUUUUGGAAUGCCACAUCUCAUCCGAAUCACUUCAGCGGAUAAUCUUGAAUCCAGGUGAAUUAUGCGGACAGAUCUUCAGACAAUUCAUUUCACUCGCAUCGUGCAAAGAUCACAACGUACAGCGAAUACUCAGUCUUGCCAACGAAGAACCUGUCAUGCUUGAGGUCCUCAGGUGUGGAUCGACGUUCAGGUGAAGGAGGAGUCCAGUCAGGUCACCCUGCACAGCAGCAAACUGCAGAUCCUCAAGGCCACAGUGAUUCCCCUGACGAACAACGAGACCCUCGAGUCGCUGGCCUUCGCUGGCGACGGGCUGCACGACUACAGCUCCCACGCCGACCAGGGUAACAGUGUGCUGCAGGACGCCGAACGGGGUACUGUUACGAUGCCGGCCCUUCUGAGGGCCGGGGGGCGCUACCGUCUGUAUUUUCGGUACAAGGGCCGCCUUUCCGACACAUUCACCGGAUUCUACAAGGUCUCCUAUAAUGACAGCCACAACGAGACCAGGUGGCUGGCCUCCACGACUUUCGAGCCGAACGAAGCGCACCGGGCCUUUCCCUGUUUCGACGAGCCUGAGUUCAAGGCCCGCUACCAGGUGAACCUGGCGAAUCGCCAAGAUAUGGUGGCCUUGUCCAACAUGCCUCGACGCUCCGUGCAAAAUAUGACUGGGGUACAGGGCUGGGUGUGGAACCGCUUCGAUGAGACACCGCCUAUGUCCACAUACCUGGUGGCUUUCUUCGUGGGGUUCCUGGACUCACGCGGGACCCAGACGGCAAACGGAACGCCGUUCCGUGUGUGGGCGCGACCCGAGGUGAUGGCACAGACACAGUACGCGCUGGAAAUCGGACCGCGCAUAAUCGACUUCUUCAGCAGUCUCCUGGAGGUCCCUGAGCCGCUGCCCAAACACGACGUAAUAGCGCUGCCGCACUUUAUAGCCGGUGCACUCGAGAACUGGGGCCUCAUCUCCUUUGGGGAGAGAAACUUGUUGCACGAAGCCGGUGUGUCGCCAGAGUCCAGGAGGCAGCAGGUAGCCCAUAUUUUGGCCCAUGAGCUGGCGCACUCCUGGUUCGGGAACAUGGUGACGGCGCGCUGGUGGAAGGAGAUUUGGCUCAGCGAGGGUUUUGCAACCUAUUUUUCCGCGCUCGGAGCAAACCACGUCGACCCCACCUGGGAUACAUUGUCUGUGACGUCGGUGACCGCUCUCCUGCGGGUGUUCUCGGUGGAUUCCCUGCAGUCAUCGCAUUCUCUCACCUUCCCCAUCGACCACCAGACCGAGCUGCGACAAAUCUUCGAUGACGUCACCUACUAUAAAGGUAGGCAUGUCGACAUUUUAAACUUUUAUUAA